CUCGGCCAACGCAGAUUUGAGGGGAAUCGCAGCCUACACACAGCAAGAUCCGAGCAUCCCUCACACUGUUCAUCCUCAUAACCAUCAUUGGCGAGAAGUGAGAUAUUACCAUCAUCAGUGCGAGGGCAAAGGAGUCACGACCACUUACACAAUGUAGAAAACAUAAGAGGUUUGGAAGGAGCCAGGUCUCUGGAGUGGUGAAAUCACAUUAACACUUUGGGUCAUUUAGUGUGGACGUCUAUUUUCAACAUAGGACCUCAACAUGAGCAACCCCCAGGCUCCUCCAAAGUCCAGAGCCUCAGAGCUGGAGGUGAUCUCCCAUCAGGUGGAGGAGGACAACCAGGGCGCGGCCCCUGUCCAGCUGGUCAGCUUCGCCUACAGAGACUUACCUUUGGCCGCUCUGGACAUUUCCCUCGCUGGAUCCCAGCUCAUCUCAAACCCGGACGACGAGGACAACAGAGAUGGGUCGAACUGGCUGAAGCCAUGCUGCGGGCGGAGGGCAGCGCUGUGGCAGGUCUGUCUGCUGUCGGCGGGAUUCAACUGUUUCCUGGUGGCCUGCGUAAUCCUGGUGGUGGUGCUGCUGACCCUGGAGCUGCUCAUCGACACCAAGCUGCUGCAGUUUAAUAAUGCACUCCAGUUUGCCAGCAUCAUCCACUGGAUCAGCCUGGCUAUUCUCUCUGUGUUCUUCACUGAGACGGUGUUCAGGAUUGUGGUGCUGGGGAUAUGGGACUACAUAGAGAACAAAGUAGAGGUGUUUGAUGGAGCUGUCAUCGUCCUCUCACUGGCCCCCAUGGUGGCCUCCACAGUGGCCAACGGCCCAAGCAGCCCCUGGGAUGCUAUCGGUCUGAUCAUCACACUGCGCAUCUGGAGGGUGAAGAGGAUCAUUGAUGCCUAUGUGCUGCAAGUGAAGGUGGAGAUGGAGAUGGAGAUCCAGCAGUAUGAGACCAAGGCUGUGAGGGAGGAACAGCUUGACCGUCUAACCCAGAUCUGCCAGGAACAGGCAUUUGAAAUCAGGCAGCUGAGGGCCCACCUGGCACAGCAGGACCUGGAUCUGGUGGCAGAGAGGGAAGCAGCCAUGCAGAUCCACCACAUGUGGGGUAAACAGAGCAACAGUUUCCAGGAGGUGGACGGACUGGCCCCUGGGGCGUCCGAGCAUCACGGGCCAUCUAAAGCUAGAGAGCCCGGGGGCCCUGCAGAUCACCAUGGUCAAGAUGAUAUGAACAACUACAUCAGCCAGUACUACAGCGAGCAAAGCAGCGAUAUGGGGAUCCCAGACCCUGCACGUGUCAUCACCACAGCAGCCAUAGAUGUGCACCUGCCGAACAACCACAGCCAGCUUCCCUCCUCGCUGGUGAGUGUGGACGCGGUGCCGUCCAGCCGCCUGCAGCGCACUGGCAGCUCGGUGAGCGAAGCCUCCACCACCACAGUGUCCCGCAGCAGCUUCAGCGCCCGGCAGCACAGCAUCAGCAGCCACACGCUGGGCUCCACCACGGACUGCAGCUCCACGGUGAGGGAGGCCUCCACCUCCACAGAUUACAGCGACCAACGCUGCUACCCUCCACCCUACAGCAGCCCUCUGGCACUGGGAACUCAGCCACGAGGGACCCCUAGCGCUGUGAUGCAGGACCUUCUUUCCUCUCUGUCCGAGAACUCCUGCCUUGCCCAGAAGGGCCUGGACCCCGUCAACCUUAAACCACCCAGCCCCGCAGGCUCCACCAAAACCAGCCCCGAGCUGGAGCACCGGCUCAACAUCUACAACAAGAGGAACCAGGAGAGCAGAGUGGGGCUGCACUCCAAGCCUCUCAUCCAUCUGCAGGGCAACGAGCAUCUUCUGGAGGAGAAGUACAGGAUGAUGGAGAAGGUAGACGCCCCGGUCAACCAUCUGUCAGAGACAUAAAACUACACCUGAUCUGUGAAGCUUCACAGGACUCGUUUUUAAAGCGCUCAACUAAACUCCAGUGUUGCUGGGAGUCACUGGCACAUAAACAGUAUGUCUGUCAUCCUCUUUGUACUGUUGGGACUGAGGAUGAUGCCAGAGCAGCACAAAAACAUGAAAACACUGGAGGAGGUGAAUCGUUAUCAGGCACCAAUUAUCAGGAAUUGACUCACAGAAACACGUUUGGAGUUUUAUGAAAUAUUUUACCAAAAGAAACCAGCAGCAGGGCCCGAGCCCGACAUUUUCAGACAACUGGUCCACACAGAAAAAAUAAACCUGGCUUCUGACGUGUUAAGAUGUAGUUUGAUUUGCAGGAAGUCAAACCAUGGGAAGAUGGUGCUGAGGGUUUAGUUUUUCAGAUACACUUAGCAGGAAUUGGAGAUGUUGAACAUGAGCUCAUGUAUUGCAGAGCCACAGACUGUGAAACACUUCCUGUAAGCUACGAGGCAUGGAUUUAUGUGCAGGUGUAUCAGCUGUUUUGAUAGUCAGUCUAGUGUCUCCAAACUCACAAAGAACAGCCCUCUUUCAUGGGACUGCAGCAGGGUACAUUGGAUAAGUGUCAGCUUAUUUCUAAUCUUUGUCUUUCUAUAUUAGCAAUGUCAACGUUUGUAUCUAAAUUCUGGGAGUGUGGCAGAUUUUGACUGGUGGAUAAUUCUCAGAGUUCUUAUCCAGAUGCCAUGACUGGAGCCUGACCAGAUGCAGCUGUGUCAGUGUUUACUGAGAUUUUUCAAACUACAGCAUGUCCCACAAGCACCAAAUUCAUUAAAAAAGCUACCUGCAAAUGAUAGGUUUCAUAUCAUUUAGGUCAAAUAUGAGCUUCUCAUGAUUCUAACGUUUGGAAGAUGUAUACAUAUUUUAGAAUGGGUUUGUCACAGCCAACAAGAAAUUGAGCCAAAAGAAAAUUCUAGCAUGAACCUUCAAGAUUUGCCUCUUAAAUAUUAAAAACCAACCCUGUUUACUGUACUGUCAACAUGCCUUUUCUAUCUUGAUCAUUGGGAAAGGGCAUUGCAAAAUGAAUCCAAUAAAGAGAAAACAUGGCAAAAAGUUA